AUGGGCAUAGAGAGUACAGAGAGGGGCCUAGAGAGUACAGAGAUGGACACAGAGAGUACAGAGAGGGGCCUAGAGAGUACAGAGAGGGGCUUAGAGAGUACAGAGAGGGGCCUAGAGAGUACAGAGAUGGACACAGAGAGUACAGAGAGGGGCAUAGAGAGUACAGAGAGGGGCCUAGAGAGUACAGAGAGGGGCCUAGAGAGUACAGAGAGGGGCCUAGAGACUACAGAGAGGGGCCUAGAGAGUACAGAGAUGGACACAGAGAGUACAGAGAGGGGCCUAGAGAGUACAGAGAGGGGCUUAGAGAGUACAGAGAGGGGCCUAGAGAGUACAGAGAUGGACACAGAGAGUACAGAGAGGGGCCUAGAGAGUACAGAGAUGGACACAGAGAGUACAGAGAGGGGCCCAGAGAGUACAGAGAUGGACACAGAGAGUACAGAGAGGGGCCUAGAGAGUACAGAGAUGGACACAGAGAGUACAGAGAGGGGCCUAGAGAGUACAGAGAUGGACACAGAGAGUACAGAGAGGGGCCUAGAGAGUACAGAGAUGGACACAGAGAGUACAGAGAGGGGCAUAGAGAGUACAGAGAGGGCCUAG